AUGGAUACAGAAAUACCACAAGUGUUCCAGAAAGAACUCACUUGCUCUGUCUGCCUGAAGUACCUUAUAUACCCAGUCACCAUAGGCUGUGGGCACAGCUUUUGUUGGCCCUGUUUCUUUGUUCCCUGGGGACAAGCCCAAAUUCUUACCUGUUGCCCUGUGUGCAGGGAGCCAUCACAGCAGGGAGAUGUCAAAAAUAAUAUUCUUCUGAAGAAUCUUACAUCUAUCGCAAGGCAGGCUCAUCUCAGGCAAUUCCUGAACUCUGAGAAAAAUAUAUGUGUGACCCACCAGCAGACAAAGAAGAUUUUCUGCGAGGAGAACAAGAACCUGCUCUGUUGGCUCUGCUGCAACCCUCAGGAGCACAGGGCUCACAACCACCCUUCAGUGGAAAGGGCUGCUGAGGAAUACCAGGAGAAGCUCCUAAAGCAAAUAAGAUCAUUAUGGGAAAAGAUCCAAGUAAAUCAAAGAAAUAUAAAUGAAGAGAACAAAAUAAUCAGUCCAUGGAUCUACUAUGUGUAUCUCAGGGAAGAGCUGAUCAGGGCUGAGUACAGGAAAAUACAUCCAGUUCUUCAUGAGGAGGAAAAUCGACAUCUAGACAUUCUUAGAAAGGAAAGCAAAAGAAUUUUAGAGGAACUUAAAAAAAGUGAAGCCAAUAUGGUUCAAAAGAAGAAAGACUUAAGAGAAAUAUAUGAGGAGCUGGUGAAAAUGUCCCAUAAAACAUAUGUGGAGCUGCUCCAGGACUUGGGAGACCUAUUGGCAAGGAGUGAAUCAGUGCAGCUGCACUUGCCUCAGCCUAUAAAGCCAGCACUUCCUGCCCAGACCAUCACUGGACUGAUAGACAGGCUCAAGUGUUUCCAAGUGGAGAUAUCCUUUGAAAAUACAGUGUCCAGUGAUAACCUCAAGCUAUUUGAUGAUGUGAGAAGUUUGAGAUUUGGGCACGUCCUUCCAGACUUAUCUUUGAAUUCUGAUGGAAUUAAAUAUUUUGCUGCAUGGGGAACAGAGACUUUCAACUCUGGGAAACUGUACUGGGAAUUAGAUAUGAAGGACCCUUUGGACUGGGCUGUAGGAGUCUGUAAGGAUUCCUGGAUAAGAAGGAAUGGCACAGUGAUUGAAUCCGAAGACGUGUUUCUUCUCCUUUUUGUGAAGGAAGAUGAUGACCAUAGUCUCUUGACAACCUCCCCAAUGCUUUCUCACUAUAUAGAGAAGCCUCAGGGCCGGGUUGGUGUGUUUCUUGAUUUUGAGAGUGAAAGUGUGAGUUUUGUGAACGUUGCCAAGAGUUCUCUUAUAUGGCGGUACCCUUCUGGCUCUUUGAAUUUCCCAGUCAGGCCUUUUGUUCACACUGGCCACAAGUGAACAGGGAUAAGUCAGGAACUCUAUGCCUGGGGAAUUUACAUUUCAGGAAGCCCUUCCUAGUUGAAGUUUACAAUACUGUACUCUAGUGCUUUUUAAGUAAUUUGUACUUGAUCCAGACAUGGUGGCACAUGCCUAUUAAUUCACACAAUUUGGUUAAUUUGGGAGUCUGAUGUAGAAGGACUUCAAGUUUGAGGCCAGCCUGGGCAACUUAGCAAGACCCUGUCACAAAAA